AUGCCCUCACGCUCAGCCUCAUACCUCCUCGUUGGCCUCGCUGCGCUCGCGAGCGUGUCUGCCGCCGCGGAACAGAACUGCGCGCCGGACCCAUACAAAGACGCAGCCAACGACCCGUGUAACCACUUCCGCUACGUCCCCAACCGCGCGCUCAAUGCCACCGCGUGCGUGCUCUACGCUGCCCUGGGGUGUAUCUUCAUCUUCAACCACGUCCGCUACAAGGCAUGGUACUUCCUCGCGCUCACGAUAGGCACGUUCAUGAUGGCGAUCGGCAUCGCCGUCCGCGUGGCUUUUUAUUACAACCUCCACUGGCGCGGCGGGUACAUUUUCCAACAGAUGUUUAUUAUUCUCAGCCCAUGCCUGCUCAUCGCAGCCAACUAUGUCCUCUUGGGCCGGAUAGCAAACCACAUCGACGCACAGAGCCACAUGUUUAUCCGCCCUGCGCGCGUCGCCCGCGUGUUCAUCAUCUCGGACGUCAUCACCUUCGUGAUCCAGGGCGGCGGCGGUGGCAUGGCCGCUGGAGGGGGCAACAUCGCCAACAUUGGCGUCAAGCUGCUCCUCGCUGGGCUGGUCGCGCAGCUGGUCAGCUUUGGGCUGUUCAGCCUCAUGUGGUGCUUGUUCACCUACCGCGUGUGGCGUGACGCCGUGCUCUGGAACCAUCCCGGAUGGCACGCGCUCAACUGGGUUCUCGGGUUCAACUGUAUUAUGUUCCUUAUCCGCUCAGUCUUCCGCACGGUCGAGUUCAGCCAGGGAUGGACCGGCCACCUCGCCACGCACGAAGUCUACUGGGCCGUGCUGGACUGCCUUCCCAUCUUUCUCGCCAUAUCUCUCUACACCUGGUACUGGCCCGGCCGCAUUCUCAGCCCCCACUCCCAGGUUACCCGGCAGGAGUUCAUCCAGAUGGGCACCAGCGACAAGUCGCCAGAGGUCAGCCCUCAGGUUCACCCCGCUCACAGUCUGUGGGCUUGA